AUGGCUAGAGAGAUGGAAGACGUUCUCCACUUUAAGGAAAGCCUCACAGAAUUUGCCAAGGAUGUUUAUGACAAAAUUAUCAAAUUACAAGCCGCUAAGGAGAUUCGUUUACGAAAGCCGAACUUACUCACACAUGGUCUAGCGAAUUUGGCGAACUCACUUACUGAACUGCCAAAUGCAGAGGCGAGAAUAUGUCACAUUAACGCCUGGGUUGCCAAAAACACGAAGGACAAAAUUAAAGAAUUGUUGCCGCCCAAUAUUAUCCAGGAGAGUUCGAAACUCGUACUAAUCAACUCGUUGUAUUUUCGA